AUGGCUGUCCCCCGGAGUGUUCAACGCCUGCAGCAGACGCUGUCCCAUAUCCAGCCCGUCCCAGCGCCGCUGCAGUGGUCAAUUGUCGCGGGACCAACUCAACCGGAGCUAUUGGACAUCACUCUCGGAGAGCUGCUGACUUUGCAAGCACUGCAGUAUGGCGAUUACGAAUGCUUAGUGUUUCCGUGGACCGGGGCGCGAUGGACCUAUGCCGAAUUGAAGGAUGAGGCCGAUCGCCUUGCACGGGGCAUGCUCGCCAUGGGCAUCCAAAAGGGUGACCGCAUUGGCAUUAUGGCAGGCAACUGCGAGCAGUAUAUCUCCGUCUUCUUUGCGGCUGCGCGAGUCGGCGCCAUUUUGGUUGUCUUGAACAACACAUAUACGCCCUCGGAGCUCUACUAUGCUCUCAAUCACACCGACUGUCGUCUGUUGUUUAUGACACCGCAUAUUGGCCGUCACAACCUCGAGGAGGUCCUAGCGGAGCUCGGCCCCAAGCCCAAGCAGAAUGCGACAUCAAAAUGCCUCGACGAAAUCGUUAUCCUCCGUGGCAGCUACCCCAACUUCACCACUUACAGUGAAGUGAUUGGCCGCGGCCGGUCCCAAGAGACCCAUCUGUUGCAGGACCGCGAAGCCGAACUGCGGCCCGACGACGUCUGUAACUUGCAAUUCACCAGCGGCUCGACCGGCAAUCCAAAGGCGGCCAUGUUGACACACCAUAACCUUGUGAACAACUCGCGAUUUAUUGGCGACCGCAUGAAUCUUUCCUCCUUCGACAUUCUGUGCUGCCCGCCUCCGCUCUUCCAUUGCUUCGGGCUGGUCCUGGGCAUGCUGGCAGUGGUCACCCACGGUUCCAAAAUCAUCUUCCCGAGCGAGACCUUCGACCCCAAGGCCGUACUACACGCCAUCUCCGACGAAAAGUGUACGGCGCUACAUGGUGUCCCCACCAUGUUCGAGGCCAUUCUCAGCAUCCCCAAGCCUGCGAAUUUCGAUACCUCCAACUUGCGCACAGGGAUUAUCGCCGGCGCACCAGUGCCACGGCCAUUGAUGAAGCGACUUUUGGACGAACUGAACAUGACGGAGUAUACUAGCAGCUAUGGUCUAACCGAAGCUUCGCCCACUUGUUUCAAUGCAUUCACCACCGAUAGCAUCCACACCCGGUUGACUACCGUCGGCAAGGUCUUGCCCCACGCUCGCGCCAAAAUUAUCGAUGCAGAGGGUACCAUCGUGCCCGUUGGCCAGCGGGGCGAGCUCUGCAUCUCCGGGUAUCAACUCACCAAAGGUUACUGGCACAACCCGGAGAAAACCGCCGAGGCCAUGGUCACUGACGCCGACGGAGUAACGUGGCUGAAGACGGGCGACGAGGCUUCAUUCAACGAGCUGGGCUACUGCAGCAUUACCGGUCGGUUCAAAGAUAUCAUCAUUCGCGGCGGCGAGAACAUCUACCCCCUUGAAAUCGAGGAGCGCUUGGCGGCGCACCCACACAUCGAUCUGGCCUCCGUUAUCGGCAUUCCUGACCAGAAAUACGGCGAGGUGGUCGGAGCCUUCAUCCAGCUCACUUCCGGUCAGAGCCGACCAACCGAUGACGAGCUACGCGCCUGGACACGGGAGACGCUCGGUCGACACAAGGCACCGCAGCAUGUGUUUGUCUUUGGUGAGGAGGGUGUGUCCAGCGUGGUGCCGGUGACAGGGAGCGGCAAAGUCCGAAAGGUGGAUUUGCGGCAGAUGGCGACCGCAGCGCUGACGCAGCGAGGACACUAG